CAGGGGCGCUAAAGACAACUCACCCGGAAAUGUUUGCAGCGAAGAAGAAGAACUUUACAGUAGACGAGUUUCCUUUGCUAACCACCGCUCGCAACGAUGGAAGAGUCAAAAAAGAAAGAGAAUAAACAAUCAGAAAAAAGCGAUGAGAAAGAAAAGGAUAAGGAAAAGGGAGGGCAGUCCUCUGGAAAAGAUAAGGAAAAGAAAGAGGAGCAGGAAUUGUCAGAGGAAGACAAGCAGUUACAGGAAGACCUGGAGAUGAUGGUGGAGAGGUUGAGUGAAAAGAACACAUCGCUGCACCACUCUGCCUUAGAAGAGCUGCGCAGACUGAUUCGCUCCUCAACCACCUCCAUGACCUCAGUACCUAAGCCUCUGAAAUUCCUGCGCCCACAUUAUGGCAAACUGAAAGACAUCUAUGAGGGCAUGGCUCCUGGAGAGAACAAGCAAUUCUGUGCUGAUGUGGUGUCAGUGCUGGCCAUGACCAUGAGCAGUGAGAGGGAGUGUUUGAAGUACCGUCUGCUGGGCUCUCAGGAGGAGCUGGCCUCCUGGGGACACGAAUAUGUCAGGCACCUUGCUGGUGAGGUGGCUAAAGAGUGGCAGGAGGUGGAGGAGAGUGAUAAGACCCAGCAGGAGAUGCUCAUGAAACUUGUGAAGGAGAUUGUUCCCUACAACAUGGCCCACAAUGCCGAGCAUGAGGCCUGCGACCUGCUGAUGGAGAUCGAGAGGCUGGACAUGCUAGAGGACUACAUUGAUGAAAACGCUUACAGCAAAGUUUGCCUUUACCUCACAAGCUGCGUGAGUUACGUUCCUGAACCAGAGAACUCGGCGCUGCUGAGGUGUGCCUUGACCAUCUUCAGGAAGUUCAACCGUCACCCAGAGGCCAUGCGCCUCGCCCUGAUGCUCAACGACAUGGAGCUGGUAGAAAACAUCUUCACUUCCUGCAAAGACAUUGUCAUCCAGAAACAAAUGGCCUUCAUGUUGGGCCGUCAUGGUGUGUUUCUGGAGCUGAAUGAAGACGUGGAGGACUAUGAGGACUUGACGGAGAUCAUGUCCAACGUGCAGCUCAACAGCAACUUCUUGGCUCUGGCCAGAGAGUUGGACAUCAUAGAACCCAAAGUCCCAGACGACAUCUACAAAACACACCUGGAAAACAACAGGUUUGGAGGCAGCGGCUCCCAGGUGGACUCGGCCCGUAUGAACCUGGCCUCUUCCUUCGUGAACGGCUUUGUUAAUGCAGCCUUCGGACAGGAUAAGCUGCUCACAGAUGAUGGCAACAAGUGGCUUUACAAGAACAAAGACCACGGCAUGCUGAGUGCUGCUGCCUCUCUGGGCAUGAUCCUGCUGUGGGAUGUGGACGGUGGUCUGACUCAGAUUGACAAAUACCUAUACUCUUCUGAAGACUAUAUCAAGUCUGGUGCCCUCCUCGCUUGCGGCAUUGUAAACUCAGGUGUGAGGAACGAGUGUGAUCCUGCUCUCGCUCUACUCUCUGAUUAUGUUCUCCACAACAGCAACGUCAUGAGGAUAGGCGCCAUCUUUGGGUUGGGUCUGGCCUACGCUGGCUCCAACAGAGAAGAUGUCCUGUCUUUGCUACUUCCUGUCAUGGGAGACUCCAAAUCCAGCAUGGAGGUGGUUGGAGUGACGGCACUGGCGUGUGGUAUGAUUGCUGUGGGUUCAUGUAACGGUGAUGUGACAUCCACCAUCGUCCAGACCAUCAUGGAGAAGAACGAGCAGGAGUUGAAAGACACAUACGCUCGCUGGCUGCCUCUUGGUUUAGGACUAAACCACCUGGGCAAAGGAGAAGCAAUUGAAACAACCCUGGCAGCUCUACAAGUUGUCCCUGAACCUUUUCGCAGCUUUGCCAACACACUAGUGGACAUCUGUGCUUAUGCAGGUUCUGGUAAUGUGCUGAAGGUGCAGCAACUUCUUCACAUCUGCAGCGAGCACUACGAAGCCAAGGAAAAAGAAAAAGAGGAGGACAAAGACAAAAAGGACAAAAAAGACAAAGACAAGAAGGACACUGCAGCUGACAUGGGUUCCCAUCAGGGUGUGGCUGUUCUUGGCAUUGCUCUGAUUGCCAUGGGGGAGGAGAUUGGUUCUGAGAUGGCACUGAGAACAUUUGGACAUCUGCUCCGUUAUGGUGAGCCCACCCUGAGACGAGCCGUACCCCUGGCCCUGGCUCUCAUUUCUGUGUCCAACCCUCGUCUUAACAUUUUGGACACUCUUAGCAAGUUUUCUCAUGAUGCUGACCCAGAGGUGUCCCACAACUCCAUCUUUGCCAUGGGAAUGGUGGGCAGUGGCACAAACAAUGCUCGUCUUGCGGCCAUGCUGCGACAGCUGGCUCAGUAUCACGCCAAAGAUCCCAACAAUCUCUUCAUGGUCCGACUGGCACAGGGUCUGACUCACCUGGGCAAAGGCACACUCACGCUCUGUCCCUACCACAGCGACAGGCAGCUGAUGAGUCAGGUGGCCGUGGCUGGACUGCUCACAGUGCUCGUUUCUUUCCUUGACGUCAAGAACAUAAUCCUGGGCAAGUCUCACUACAUUCUGUACAGUCUGGUAGCAGCCAUGCAGCCGCGGAUGUUGGUCACGUUUGACGAGGAGCUCCGACCGCUGCCCGUGUCCGUUAGAGUUGGACAGGUAAAGCCUGAGAAACUUCACCACUGUGAAGUCUUGAUUUACCACAAUGAAAGAGGUGUUUUACACGUCAACUGA